ACGACAACGACAGCGACGGCGACAACGACAGCAAUGUGUCUGACAAGCCUCUGCCAUCGCCCAUCUUCCUCCACUUCACUAAUGUAGAAGACAUGCCGACUACUGGCAGUCAAGCUGCGUUGCUUCACGGCUCAUGGGCUGCAGUUGGAAUCAGCCUGCUGGUGUUUGGGCUGCGGAUCAUCGCCAAGUACCGCAUCCACAAGAUCCGAAGCGACGACUAUGUCAUGGCUGCUGCAGUGAUUCUGCUGGUCGCGUCGGCUGCCAUGGUGACGGUAGCCGUCCACUAUGGAUUCGGCCUGUCCGUUCCAAGUGCAACGUCUGUGCAGGCCCAGAUGUACUUUACGUUGUUCCAGGUGUUUUGUAUCCCCGCCACGGCGCUGGCCCGGGUGUCGUUCAUCCUGUACAUGCUGGGGAUUGUGUUUAGCCGGCGCAGCCGAAUCGUGUACUGGACGUUUGCCGUGCUGCAACUCCUGGUGAAUUCCAUUUCUGUCAUCCUGAUCCUCGCCCAGUGUCCCAACAUACAGGGCGUCUGGGAUUCGGCGGAAGCACACGGCUGUCUGCCGGCUCAUAUACAACAGGAUUGGGGGACGGCACAAACCACAUUCAACAGCUUCACCGACAUGUAUCUUGCUGUCUUUCCCAUCUGGAAAAUCUGGCACAUCCAUCUUCGCCUGCGGACGAAGAUCAGCCUGAUUGUCCUGCUGAGCUUGGGCAUCUUCGCGAUGGGCGCAUCCAUUGCACGCACAGUCGAGCUCAACCGCGUGUACGACAGCCGCAGUUCAGUCCCAAACCUGGUCCCUCUUGUCCGCUGGACGCUCGUCGAGUGCUGCCUGGUUGUCGUGGCUGCCUCUCUUCCCUGCAUGCGGUCUCUCACCAUCUCCUUUGGACAGAAAAUCAUCACCAUAAGCCAUUUCCCCUGGUUCGGACGCAGCGCACAGCCUGUGGCGAUGAGCGAAUCGUUCCAGCAGCCGCGGUGGCCGGCAAUGCCAGACGGGCAACCCUCGCUGGACGAGAGCAGAUCGACUGCAGCAGUCUAUACUGCGGACAUUCCAAGUCCCAUUGAAUCAAAUCCACCCUUCCAAUUGGCCUCAAACCAUACUUCUGCCAUUGUUUGACAAGCAUUUAUAUAUGUGUCCGUACAUAUAUGAUAGACCGUCUAGAUUGAAGAGAGUAUUUCUUUUCUCCUAUGGUUCCUUAUUGAUAUUUCUUAGCCAGUGUUUAGGCAUCCAGAUGUACUACCUUAGAUGAAUCUCUAUAUCUCUGUAUUUCUUUAUAUAUUCACAAAUAAUAUAACUAUAAUACCAC